AUGUAUGCUGUCCCAACCUCCGGCUCCCCACUGUGCCUCCGUGUCAACUACCGACCAAUUUUUGCAUCCGAAUUUAUCGUCGACACAUUCGCUCUCUCAUCUAAUCAGAAGCCACCUUUCCCCAACACCAGGCCGGUACCUACCUGUUCGCUCGCCAGGUGGAGGGCCGCCUCCACCGUUACUACUAUCACCACAAGUUUGGAGUUCUGGCCACCGAGUGUGCAUGGAUUUGGGCCAUGCUUCAAU